UCUGCUUGCGAAAGUGCCAACACCGCGAGAGACAGAGGAGAGAGAUAGGACGACCAUCAGAUCCGCCACCUCCAAGGCUCCAACCCCAGGACAAGCCAACCUACGCCUCCCCGGGUGCCCAUGCUCCGAACUUAUCUUUGUCUCUGAACCGGACGAGCUCGAGUCGGCAGCGACGGCGAUGGGGUGCUCCUUCUCGGGGCUGAACGCGCUGUACGACACCGUCGGCGGUGGCGGCGGUGACGUCUGGGUCAACGACUAUCGCUUCCGCGUGCUUCGCAUGCUCGGCGACGCCAGCCCCGCCGGCUCCUCCGUCUUCCUCGUCAAGGAGGUCGUCGCCGCCGCCGCCACCGACGGCACGGCUCGGGCGGGACCCGGCGCCGCCGGACUCGCCAGGAAGAAGGGCGUCGACCCAUCACACAUCUCAGCUGAUGGGACAUAUGCUCUAAAGAAAGUUCUUAUUCAGAGCAAUCAGCACUUAGAGCUUGUUCAGCAGGAGAUUCGAGUGUCCUCGCAGUUCAGCCAUUCGAAUCUACUUCCCCUUCUUGAACACGCGAUUAUUGCAGUCAAGGGCGUGCAAGAUGGAUCACAGAACCAUGAGGCUUACUUGUUAUUCCCAGUUCAUUUAGAUGGAACAUUACACGAUGUCACUAAAACCAUGCUAGAAAAAAAGGAAUACUUCCCAACAAUUACUGUUCUCCAAAUAUUUCGCCAGCUUUGUGCUGGAUUGAAGCAUAUGCACAGUUUCGACCCACCAUAUGCACACAAUGGGGUCAAACCUGACAAUGUCCUCAUAACUCAGAGGAAGGAGCAGCCUCGUCUUGCUAUUUUGAUGGAUUUUGAGAGUGCUCGUCCAGCAAGAAGGACCAUUAGGUCACAGGCCGAAGCUUUGCAGUUGCAGGAAUGGGCUUCAGAGCACUGUUCUGCUCAUUACCGGGCUCCUGAAUUAUGGGAGUGCCCAAGCCAUGCUGACAUUGAUGAGAGAACAGAUAUAUGGUCUUUAGGAUGCACUUUAUAUGCUAUGAUGUAUGGAAAAUCUCCAUUUGACGAGCUUGAUGAAUCUGCUGGCGAAAGUUUGCAUGCUGUUAUAAAAAGUGCACAGAUUAAAUGGCCUACUGAAGCGGGGUUUUCGUACCCUGAUUCCCUCCGUCAGUUUAUAAUUUGGAUGCUGCAGCCACAUCCUGCAAUUCGUCCCCAUAUUGAUGAUAUCAUAAUCCAUGUUGAUAAGCUUAUUACGAAGUACUCUACUUGACCACCAUAUCCAGCUGCUUCUACACAAGAAAAGAAUUGUUAUGUGAGUCUAUAGAGCAUUGAUGUGAUUCGUUAAACAAAUAUGAUAGAUAUAUGUUGGCUCCUUGAUAGUUACUGCAUUAAAGGAGAAAAUAGAAACAUUCUAUAGUAGAUUGCUUUCAACCAUUUGUGUACCCCCGCGGUGAUACUGGGGGUCAAUAAAUGAUAUCCUCCUUUUGAUU